UUCGAGGAGAUCGACUCUGAGUUAGUACGGAAUAUUAUCUAUUAAUAUGCAUGCACGGACAAAAUGAAAGGGUAAUAACGUCCUUCCUUACUCUCUCUCCACGGAGCAUUUUCUCCAGCAUUAUCUUCCCCUGACAUGUUCUUAUAAAAAGGACAUUCACAAAGCAUUUUCUAUUUCUCUCACGUUGUUACGAAAAGGACUUCUCCGGUCAUUGCUCUACAUUACAACGACCUUCUCCGAAUAGAGUAAUGGAUACUAGUUUUUAAUGGCGAAAUGGGUGCACAUCGAUCUCUUCCGCCAGUUCGCGAUCAAGGAUCACAACGAAUCGGAGUAUUUGAAAACAGAGCGCACUUUAAACUCUUUCAAGUUCGAAAAAGCUCAUUCCGGUAAGGAGGAAGAAAUCCAAACACCCCAACUCCUACAGAGUAUAUACUCAGCAGCAUCCAUAAAGUGCCUAGAACACAUCAGAAAUCGGCAAUAGCGCUCCCAUGGCCAGACCUUCUUGGUUGGUUGAUGGGAACAGGAUAGCAACAAAAAUCAGAAAUGCAUCAGGUGAUCCCGGUAAUGCUUACUGGAAAAGUAACCCUUCAAGGACUUGCCCCAAAUGCCACCAUAUCAUUGACAACAGCGAUGUAACUCAGGAAUGGCCAGGAUUGCCUAGAGGUGUGAAGUUUGAUCCAACAGAUCAAGAGAUCAUCUCGCACUUACUUGCAAAAGUUGGAAAUGAUGAUCUCAAACCCCAUCCUUUUAUUGAUGAGUUCAUUCCAACAGUUGAUAAAGAUGACGGGAUAUGUUACACUCAUCCUCAAAACUUACCAGGUGUUAAGCAAGAUGGAAGCGUUGCACAUUUGUUUCACAGAGCCAUCAAAGCAUAUAAUACCGGUACCCGGAAGCGCCGAAAGGUACAGGGUGUUGAUGUUGGAGAUUUUAGGUGGCACAAGACGGGUAGGACAAAACCUGUGUUCUUGGAUGGUGUACAAAGAGGGUGUAAAAAGAUAAUGGUUCUUUACAUGGCCUCGGUCAAGGGAGUGAAAGGCACCGAAAAAACAAAUUGGGUUAUGCACCAAUAUCAUCUUGGGGCACAAGAGGAUGAAAGAGAAGGGGAAUAUGUCAUAUCCAAAGUGUUUUUUCAGCAACAGCAGGUGGUGAAACAAAGUGAGAGAGCGGAACAUGAAUCUCCUGAAGAACCUGAAUCCUUGGAUGCUAUCAUGGAUCCUUAUACUCCAAAGACUGAGACUCCUGAACCUGCUCGUUUAGAAAGAAGACCAUUGAGUUCAGUUUCCGUGCUGGAGACCCCUAAUGUUGAGCAGCAGGUAAUGAAUUGCACAGAGGCUUACACAAAGAUUCCAUCUUUUAAGGAUAUCAAUCUAGAGGAAACCUCAGGGAGCCAACCUGAGAAGUUGGAGGUGCAAAAUGAGAAUGAAGUGUGGGAUAGUGAAGCAUAUAUAUUAGAUACACAACAGCUAGCAGAAGGGUUUUCCUUAGUUGACGAAUUUCUUCAGAGCCAAUCUCCAAACAGGGAUGGAGGCGAAAAUGGUUGUAAUGAGCAAAAGGGCACACCCGGGCUUUCUGAUUAUAGACACUUGGACAAAGAGACAUUUAAAAAGGAUCUUGAGCAGUGCCAAGAGUUGAUCCUUGAUGAUGGACACAUAGAGAACAGCCAAGAUUAUGUGGGCAUUGACUCUCAAGCUAUAGUUCAAGACACACCGCCUGACUUUCGGCUAAGCCAGCUUGAGUUUGGAUCUCAGGACAGUUAUGUUGCUUUUGGUGGGACUAAGAUUGAUUCUUAUGAGAAAGGAAGUGAUUAAUCAUCAUUGUAUCUUGGAAGCAUGGAAGCAAGCAGCAAGAUCUCACCUGUCUAUUCUCCAUUUUUUGCUAACAUUCUUGUUCUUAUUUUGUACAUGUGCUCAAAGAUAUGCAUAACUGUAUUAGCACUUCAACUGCUUAUUUUGUACAUGUGCUCAAAGAUAUGCAUAACUGUGCUGGCACCUUAGUUACCCUAUUUUGUAUAGUGCCAAAACUCUUGUAAUGUGUUGCUUAUCAUCCUAGAAAGUGGCAUGUUUUCACACUAAACACUUUAUUGGUUACAUGAUUGGUUGGUGGGUCUGAUGGAAUUGUUUCCACGGCUGUUGAUAUCCGGUGUGGGACAAGGAGAAACAUUCUUGACUCAUGCGUUGGUGGAAUGUGGUUCAUUUCUUGCAUUUUCCACUGUGAGAUGAAUCUCUCUUAUUUGGGAGCAAAGACAUGUCAUUUACAGCAACUCUAAGUAUCCUUUUGAGAGAAGUCAGAUAUUUGUGGGGCAUAUAUAACCUAUGGACGUUGUAAGCUGAUACAACUACUCACAAGUUGACAGUUGGCACUAGGGAAUGUGUAUUCCUAAUUCAGGACACUACUUCAUGUAUUCAUGUUUCCUUCUUCACUUGCCUCAAUUGUAUUGUUUCAUUCUA